AUGACGGAGUCAAUAGGCGACCAGUACGAAGUACUGGAGAAGAUUGGCCAUGGAUCCUUUGGCAUCAUCCGAAAAGUGAGGCGCAAGACCGAUGGAAUGAUCCUCUGUCGCAAAGAGAUCAGUUACCACAAGAUGUCACAAAAGGAACGCGAACAGUUGCACUCCGAGUUCCAUAUCCUUUCGACCCUCCGGCACCCCAACAUCGUCGGCUACUACCAUCGUGAACACCUAAAGCAGACACAAGAUCUACAUCUGUACAUGGAGUAUUGCGGUAACGGUGAUCUCGGCCGUGUUAUUCGAGAUCUUAUCCAACGUAAGGAGUAUGCCGAUGAGCAGUUUGUUUGGGAGAUUUUUGCGCAGUUGGUUACGGCUUUAUACCGGUGUCACUAUGGCGUGAACCCUCCUGCUAUCGGUCCAAGUGUUGUAGAGGUUAUCAACGGAGGAAAGGUAGCCAAGGUGCCUCAUGGAAACAUGACGAUCCUUCAUAGAGAUCUGAAGCCCGAGAAUAUUUUUCUCGGAGAGGAUAACUCUGUUAAGCUCGGCGACUUUGGAUUGUCUAAGAUGAUCCAAUCCCACGACUUUGCGUCCACGUACGUCGGUACGCCUUUCUACAUGUCUCCCGAGAUAUGUGCCGCCGAGCGAUACACGCUCAAGUCUGACAUCUGGUCAUUGGGUUGUAUAAUGUACGAACUAUGUUCCAGGGAACCUCCGUUCAACGCGAAAACACACUUUCAACUCGUGCAGAAGAUCAAAGAGGGAAAAGUUCCAGGUCUACCUAAGGUGUAUUCCGCUGAACUCUGGAGCGUGAUUAAGAGUUGCCUCAGUGUUAAUCCUGACAUACGACCCGACACUGCCACUCUGCUCAACCUUCCAGUUGUUCGACUGAUGCGUAAAGAACGUGAGGCAGUCGAGCUCAAGAAGAAGUUGCAGACGCACAAUGAUCUAUUGACUCACCGCCUCAAGCAGCUUGAAGGCAAGCUAGCAGGCGUUGAAGCCGAGAAGGCGCAUUUCCGACAGGAGACCGAUUCUCAGUUACGACGGGAAUGGGAGGUCAAAGCUAGAUUAGAGAUUGAUCGUCUUGUGAACGAAGAGAUCGAACAGCUUCAGAGACGCUUUGAAGCCGAAGUCGAUGCACGAGUUCAAGAGGAGCUCCAGAAGAAGAGAGUCUCCUUCGGUCCUAUUGAAACACAAGAGUUCGCUUCAUCUCUGUCCAAGUCAGAUUUCCCCCGCUCUUUCAUAACGAGCACGGAUGGCGAAUUUCCGUCUAUUACGGAUAUAACUGAUUAUUCGGUCGACUCGCCGGAGGAGCCUCUUAAGAAGAGCCGCAUUCUCGGCCGAGCUCAGACCAUGUUCGAGCGUAACGUUGGAACACCGAUGCAAAUGAUGGAUAUAGACAUGGCAUCGCCUUCCCCCAUGGCCAUCGCAUCUUUGUCUCUAUCGCCUCGUCGCAACAAUGCGAAGAAGGCACCGACAUCGAACCACCCUACGAUCUUUGACCAGAUUGACGAUGAGCUUUCAAGGACGGAUUUCAACCCAUCGGACUCGGAGGAUGAUGAUACGCCGAUAAUCCCGUCGCCUACUCGACCUCCGAGGUCCAACAGGAACCCGUUCGGUCCCCAGCGACCGAUUCUUACGACCACAAAGACUGCUCCGAUCGGUCGCCCCAAGACCCAAAACUCCUUGAUAACUAACAAGGCAGUAACGGCUCUAUCUCAGCCGCCCCCGGAGUUCCAGUUACGAGCCCAACCUAGCAAUGGGGCAUUGAGAGAGAGGGGUAACUCGCCCAACCGACGUCUCAGUAAGAUCCCGUCUGUCGCUAGUCUCGGCACGCAGGGUGUAGAGGUUGCCCUGCAGCGAAAGCCAUCCUUGAAGAAGGAUCCAGACCAGCCUCUGACCAAGGUUGCAGUUAAGAAUAAUAUCAAGGGUCGUACUCUUGUAGAACUCCAGCAGGCUCGUGCUGGUGGUCGUCCUGUGGAAGGUGUGAAUGUUAGUCCCAAGCGCAACCCCAAGGACCGGCUUUUCUCGGAGCCCGCGGUCUGGGAUCCAGAGAAGGAUGAAAUGCCGAGUCCGUUUCUGGUGCGCAGGAAGCAGCCUACGACUCGGGUAUAG